ACGAUCGUUACGCAGAUUGUGACGGUUUACGGUUCGGACCGGUUGCAUAAUGAUGGAGAUCUUUUUUCUGCUUUGCGGAUAUGCAUGGCUUGGUGUCUUUUUUUAUAUUCUUCAUCAUUCUUAAGAAAACGCGAGUGACAAUGUGUCUCCCGUUAUUCAUUGUCGAUAUACGUAUUAAUAAAUGGAUGUUAAUUUCCACACGUCUGAUAUUAUUAUUCAAUUCACGUCAGUGAGACAUAUGGCUCCGAGAAAGUUUGUUCUAUCAUUUCAUCAUAAUAUGUGAAAAUGUGACCUGAAUUGUCAAUAUUUAUUGACAACGCGCGGAAUAUUUUGCCGGUUACGAAGUUGUCUCUUCAUUACUCUCGGUAUUAACGAUUCUUUAAUAUUUAUCAACAUCGAUAAAUUAUCGGGCGAUUAGAAAAAUAAAUAUCGAGUAAAUAUACUUUUUACAUCUUUCGAAAAAAUCGAAUGUUUUCAUAUUCCGUAAGUGCGGGUUAUGGACGCAGGUGCGUGCAAGUUCUUGGAUGCAUAUGGGUGAUGGACGAUGAAUGAGGUGAUAUGGCUUACGAUGACAAAUGUGUCGCGACGCAUCUAAUUAAGAAAAAAAACGAACAGCGUGAUGCUGGCGCAUCGGAAACGAUAAGCUUGUCAAAGUUUGAUCAGAAGGAGGAAGAGCACAGCUGUUUGGAACAGUCAGUGGACCCGGCAAGUCUAGAAAUGGGUUGUUGCGGCUGUACGGAUGAGCCUUCAUCCAAGGUGGAACCCACGACACCUGAGAGUCAAGGUUCGCCAACAAGUUAUUCAGAUAGGAUCUUCGUAAAGGAUCGAUCAUGUACCGACAUUCUGGCUCUAAUCGUCCUACUUAUUCUCGCGGGUGGUUUCGCCUUCAUGAUGACGAACGUAGCGAAGAAGGGUGAUAUUUACCGCGUGAUAAACGGAUACAAUGAUGAGGGAAAUGUCUGCGGCCGCGUAAAUUCACCCGAUCCAAAAUUUCCUGGUAAAGGCGGUGAUUUCACCCAAAAACGGUAUCUUGAAAUUGACAUCGACUCGACAGGAGUGAAGAAACGCACAUGCGUGGCAAAGUGCGAAUCAACGCCAGAAGAACCAAAAACGUUAUUCGUGAACCGUUGCCUGCACAAGAAGGUGACUGACACCAUCAACUCGAUAGUCAGGACUCUUCGGUUGGAUAGUUUUUACAAUAACGCAGUCACUGAUCUGGGAAUUGCAUGGCGCGAAUUAGUUUAUCUUUUACUUAUAGCUUUGGCACUUUCUCUCGGUAUCCUGGUGGCAUUCCGCUAUAUGGUACAAUACGUCAUCUAUAUUGUAUUGAUUGGUGCAGUUUUGGCUUGCAUCGGUGGCACAACGUAUCUCUGGUGGGCAUGGUAUCAGGAAAAGAAGCUCCUAGACGACAAAAAGAUUGACCCCGAGGAUUCUAGUCUGCAGCCUUAUUUCAUCUAUUCUAUUAUAAUGUCGAUCGUUACUGUCAUCGUACUUCUAGUGAUUCUGGUGAUGAGAAAGAGAAUCGAGCUGGUCAUGCAGCUUUUCCGGGAGGCCGGUAAAGCCGUGUGCGCGAUGCCAGCGUUGCUGUUUCAGCCAAUUUAUACGUAUCUGUUCAUCGGAUUCACGAUGGUGGCGUGGAUCUACUGCAUGCUAUGGAUCGAGAGCGCCGGUGAUAUGUACACGAAUCGCAAGAAUCACGUGCAUUUUAAGAAGGAUGCAUUAAUCAUUGCGACGAGAUGGUACAAUCUGUUCCUAUUUUUUGUGGCCUAUGAAUUUUACAUGGGCUGUCAGCACAUGGUCGUCGCUUGCGCCGUUGCUCGAUGGUUUUUUACAAGGGACAAAAGACGUCUUUCUUUACCGGUAGCUAAAGGCUUCGGAUAUCUUGUAAGAUAUCACAUGGGUACCGUUGCUUUCGGAGCUUUGAUAAUCGGUGUUGUUCGACUGAUCAGAGCUAUAAUUUCCUUCGUUCAAAACCAUCUGAAACGUUACGACAACGCUUUCGUGCAAGGAAUACUAUGGUGCUGUCAAUGUUGUUUCUGGUGCUUCGAAUGCGCUCUAAAAUUUCUCACUAGGAAUGCAUACAUUGAAACAGCCAUAUACGGAUGCAACUUUUGCACAGGUGGAAGGAAAGCGUUUCAAGCUUUGUCCAGUAACAUUUUGCGAGUAGCGGCGAUUAAUAGUGUCGGUGAUUUUGUCCUAUUUCUGGGUAAAGUCUUCGUCGUCACCCUUACAGUUGUGGCAGGGGUUUAUAUGAUGCAGAAGAUGGAUGGGCUUCAUCAUCCUUGGAUACCAAUCUCUCUCGCAGGGAUAUUCGCAUUCCUGGUCGCGCAUUGCUUCAUAUCCAUUUACGAGAUGAUCAUUGACACGAUAUUCCUGUGCUUCUGCGAGGACUGCGAAAAGAACGACGGCAUAAGCCGACCUUAUUUCAUGAGCCGCGGUUUAAUGGAAUUUGUGGAGAACAGUAAGAAAGCUCUGAGACAGAUGGAACAGCGAGGAUCCGCGGCUGCGUAACAGGAAUUAUUGUUUCAAUCGGAUGCUUCUCUUGAAAGAAUGCAUCGUUGAUUGUUUGGAAAACUCGAUGUUCGACCAAUACCACACGUGUUGAAGGGCGUAAAACUCACGCCGGAAUAUUGCGUAAAAUGGUAUUGGAUGUUCUAAUAAUCUUCUCAGAAAAUAAUUGUAAAGUCGCGGAGACGAGACGCGGGGAAGUAGAGUUUUCUUUCGUACACGCGCGCACAAACUGUCUUCUCUUAGUCUCUAUAGCACAAUUACCGAAGUCGUUCCAUACCAACGAAGCGCAGUGUUGCACACAAAGAAUCGUUCCUACGAUUCAACGGACUGAUUACAUUACGCAAAGAAUGUUAUGAAUUAUUCUAUAUAUUUUUUCGAAGUUCCUAUUUCUAAAAAUAUUUUUUAUAUGAUGAAAGAAAAAGCGUAUUUCUAUAUAAUCUUAGCUGAAAUAGAAAUACAACGUUCGCGCAGCUAAUGCAAAGACGCUGAUUGACAGUCCAAACUUAUUUCGUAUUGUUAGAAAAGUGAUUAGCGAAUAAUUUAAUUUAUAAGAUGUUUAUUCUGCGUUUUAGAACAUAAGUCUAUACGUAAAGUUAUACUGUUACAAACACAGACUU